AUGGUGAGAGGCAAUGGGAUAUGCUCAGCACCAGGGGCUAGACUACAACCAGACUUUCAGUCUGGUAAUUUGCCUACAGAUGUGUUCUUGAAUGGAAAGAUUGACAAGGAUGUGUACAUAUGGAUCCUGCCAACAUUUAAAACAGAAGUGACUGAGAACAAGUGCUACAGGCUGAAGAAGGCUCUCUAUGGGCUCAAACAGGCUGGAAGAUUGUGGCAUGCAGCACUUGGUGAGCAACUUCAAGCAUUUGGUUUCAAGCACUGCUGGGCUGAACUACAAUGUGAUGGUACUGCUCACAGUCUAUGUCAACAACCUCCUAGUCAUCAGGGCAACUGA